GGGAGAGAGAGGGAGAGAGAGGGAGAAGGAGGGAGAGAGGUUCACCAGGGCGAGUUCACUUGACUUCAGAGCAAGUGGACACUAACUUUUAAAAAUAUUUUUAACCCUUAAAGUCUCAGCCCUCUUCAUUGCUCUGAUUGUCCCAAUGAAUUCUCACAGAAUGAAAGAGGUUACGAGUGUCGAUCACUGUUGUUAGGAGUUAGAUGUUUACUCUCUGGAGCUGUGGAUUGGGACUCUAGCAUGUCUUCUUCCAGCCCUGAGAGUGAGAGCGACCAGUGCAACUCUACAGAGGACCUGACUGGUGCAGGUGGUCCACCGGACGGAGCUGAGUCUCCCGCUCAGCCCAGCGGAGCUGUCAUGCUGCCCAAAGCCGACACGGAAUCUUUGGGACUCGUUCGAUCGCAUGGAGAACAGGGGCACAUGCAAAGGAAUAUGCAAGCCCCCCACUAUAAAAUGAUGGACUACUCGUAUGACGAAGACUUGGAUGAGAUGUGUCCGGUUUGUGGCGACAAGGUUUCUGGAUACCACUAUGGGCUGCUCACCUGCGAAAGCUGCAAGGGCUUCUUCAAGCGCACUGUUCAGAACAACAAGCGGUACACAUGUAUAGAGAACCAGAGCUGCGCCAUCGACAAGACACAAAGAAAACGCUGCCCUUACUGCCGCUUCCAGAAGUGCCUUACCGUCGGCAUGAAGCUGGAAGCUGUUAGGGCGGACCGCAUGCGUGGCGGCCGCAACAAGUUUGGCCCCAUGUACAAGCGCGACCGGGCGCUCAAGCAGCAGAAAAAGGCACUGAUCCGUGCCAACGGCCUGAAGAUCGAGGCCAUGACCCAGGUGAUGCAGGCGGUGCCCACCGACCUCACCAUUUCCUCGGCUAUCCAGAACAUCCACCAGGCAGCUUCCAAGGGCCUGCCGCUCAGCCACCACGGUCACCCGCACCACGCCGCCCUGCCCCACACAGACUACGACCGCAGCCCCUUCGUCACGUCACCCAUAAGCAUGGCCAUGCCCCCCCAUGCCGGUUCCCUCCAGGGCUACCAGGCAGCCUACGGCCACUUCCAGAGCACCCGCACCAUCAAGUCCGAGUACCCGGACCCGUACACCAGCUCGCCCGAGUCCAUCAUGGGAUACAACCCGUAUAUGGACGCGUACCAGACGGGUUCGCCGCCCAGCUUCCCUCACCUCAUAGUGGAGCUGCUGAAGUGCGAGCCUGACGAGCCCCAGGUGCAGGCCAAGAUCCUGACCUAUCUGCAGCAGGAGCAGGCCAGCCGGGGGAAACACGAAAAACUCAACACGUUCGGCCUAAUGUGCAAGAUGGCCGACCAGACACUGUUCUCCAUCGUGGAGUGGGCCCGGAGCAGCAUCUUCUUCCGCGAGCUCAAGGUGGAUGACCAAAUGAAGCUCCUCCAGAACUGUUGGAGCGAGCUCCUCAUCCUGGACCACAUCUUCCGUCAGGUGAUGCACGCCAAGGAAGGCUCCAUCCUACUGGUCACCGGCCAGCAGGUGGAUUACGUUGUAAUUGCCUCCCAAGCCGGAGCCACUCUCAACAACCUGAUGAGCCACGCCCAGGAGCUGGUGGGCAAGCUGCGCUCUCUGCAGCUGGACCAGAGGGAGUUUGUCUGCCUCAAGUUCCUGGUGCUGUUCAGCUUGGACGUGAAGAACCUGGAGAACUUCCACCUGGUGGAAAGCGUCCAGGAGCAGGUGAACGCUGCACUGCUGGACUAUGUCAUGUGCAACUACCCGCAGCAGACAGACAAGUUUGGCCAGCUGCUCCUGCGGCUGCCUGAGAUCCGAGCCAUCAGCCUCCAGGCCGAGGAGUACCUGUACUACAAGCAUCUGAAUGGAGACGUGCCCUGCAACAACCUGCUCAUCGAGAUGCUACACGCCAAGAGGGCCUGAUUAGACUGCAGGCGGGACGCUGCACCCUGAACUAGUUUUUGCAGUUUUGUUUGUUGAGACUCCAGCCCUUACCCGACUCAGAACAAACUCUGCCCAUGUUAGAGCUAGACUUUGUGAUUCUGGGGCGGGAAGCAUCAGUCCUUUCCCUUCAUCGUAAUGAUCAACCAUCCUGGCACACAAACAGGAAAAAACACAUGCAGAAACUGACACCCACUUGCAAAUGCUGUGUAUGCGCACACACACACACACAGAAAAGCACACACGUUCAAAUUCAUACAAUACGCAUAUUACAUAUACACACACACAUCCCUUUACUCUAAGACAAGUGUGUCUGGGGCCCUGGGUAAAGCUGUGAGAGACGGUGAGAAACAGCGAAAACAUUUGUAAACUGUACAUUGGACUCUGUACAUGGGAGAUCACACAAACCAUCAAGAUGAUACAAGGACUAGCAGACUGUAACUAAAGUAACAAACAAGCAAACCAUUAGUAUUCUGCACCUCCCAUACUGUUGAAGGGUUUUGAGCAAUGAAGAGUGCCAGCCACCCUAUGAUAUCUGUGGUGAGGGUUUCAGAAGAGAGCGGUGACUUUGGCCAAAGGCGUGUGGGUGGUUCGCUCUCUUUAGACUGGCCCAUGCUUUUCAGUGUUGGUACUGUAUUAGCUGACUGCAUUGGGCAGACCAGAGCAGACUGUCAGCUGGACAAGAAUCUCUUUAACCAGCUUCAAAGAAGCUGCAUGGCUAACAGGCCGGACAGACAGACGGCAAAGAAGAACUGGUGAAAAUGUCAGAACCUGACAGAGACUUGUGUGCAGCCCCAGUCACCAAAAAAACAGAUGAACAAAAUUAAUUAAAACAUGACAGAACAAAAGAAGAGAACAAAAAAACUAUUUUUGAAAAUAUUAGUUUUUUCCUCCUCUUGGUCAUUCUGAGGCUCCUCUUUGUAAUCCACCCUGUAACCACCCCAAAAGGAUCUCAUAUCAACCUUGUUUACCAUUUACCUCAGUAAAAUGUGUUUUACACACCAUAGAUAAGUUAUUUGAAUGUUCUACAUGGCUAUUUUAUGGUUGCAUAGACAGAUAUGGAGUGUGACCCCCAAAAAAAAAAAAAAUAUGUAUCCCUUUCGUUAGAACUGGAAAGAAAGCAUGAUUUUAGAUUUGAGAAACGCUGCCUUUUGUCCGAACAGACCAAAGCCUGCUGCAGAACAACAUCAAACAAAAAAAGUAACAAAACCUUAAGUAUCAGUAUUAUACAUUUGUGAUGUCACAGUUAUGUGAGUCUUGCCUUAUUUCAUUACGAUGCUAGCUAACCGUGCAGAUGUGAAUGAAAAUAUGUACAAAUAUAUAUAUAAAGUAUUAAUGUAAAAAAAAUAAAAACAAGAAUAAUUCAAGUGGUGUUUACAUUCAAGCGGUCCUGUGGGAGAUAACUGUGACAAGGCAAAUUGCAAAGCAAUGAUUUCCUAAAAAAACUAAAAACACAAAAUUGAUUCCUCUGGUUUGCUUUCUUUGGCGUGUACAGUGUUGAACUUUUUUCUUUGUUUCUUUGACCAGUACUUAAUUAUGUCGUGAGACACUAAAAUCAAAAAGGAAUCUCACUUAAAACAUUUAAUUUCUAACAGUUUUUCUGUUGGCAUUCAAAAAAUGUGCAUAUUGUGUUAGAGUUCAGUUUCAGAUACUUGCUUUAUUUAGAAUUGUUUUUCAAUGUUCUAGCUUUCAAUGUAUGUCACUGGUUACGCUUAAAAAUGAAAAUAAUUUAUUGCGUCUUGGGGCUCUAUUCAAUUCGUAGGGCUGAAGAUCCGCUUCAUAGCACAAAUGAAAUUAAAGGCAACGUUCCAGCGGUCGCGGAGACUGCAUUCACAGUAAAUGCUGCAUAUGUAGGCUCAAUCUGAAAUGACCUUUCAAUUUUAACGCAGAACUUCCGCAAUACUUUGGCGAUACAGAUUGAAUCCAGCCCUGGGUUUUGUUCUUGUGUGUUAUAAGCGCAAGGUGACAAGGCCAAAUAUAUUUGUUUACUGUUGCAUGUUUUUUUUAAAUGUAUUGAUGCAGUUCAGGAACAAAACAAUUAUCUUAGAAAUUAUCAAUAUCAUUUUUUUUUUUUUAUUACAUGUCUAUGGGAUUCUGAGCUGUAAAUUGGAAAAAAAUAUAAGUAUUGUAUUUAAGUUAAUGGGUGUGAUUGUUACUGUCCUUGCAUCAGUUGUUUCUUGUCAUUGAAUUUCAACUAGCUUCACAUUUCAGCCCUGUUAGUUUGAUACCAAAGACUGCAUCUGUCCCGUGAGCUGUGGUUACCUGUGAUGUGUUAUAACUGAAUGAACAAACAGUCCCCCCCACAGCCAUCCAGAAGUUUGCCAUUCUGUAAUGUCCUUUUGUGGAAUUACAUUGUUGUCUUACACAAAUAAGGCCCCAAACAUUUGUGAUACAUAUAUAUAUACACACAUAUAUAUAUAUACAUAUCUAUGUGUGUUUAUGUAUGUAUGUAUGUAUGUAUGUAUGUAUGUAUGUAUGUAUGUAUGUAUGUAUGUAUGUAUAUAUACACACAUAUAUAUAUACAUAUACAUAUAUAUAUAUACAUAUAUAUAUAUAUAUAUAUCAGUCCGCCUGUCUACAUUUUGUAAGUCAUCUACGUCAAAACGGAUCAAGGGCUCGAUUCAAUCAGUAGCGCUGAAGACCUGCGCUACAGCGCCAUAGAAAUGUAAAGGCAUUAUUCCCGCAUUCGUGGAGACUGCAUUCACGGUAAACGCUGCAUAUGUCAGCUGAAUCGGAACCUUCAAAUUUCAAUUGCGCUACAGCGCUGCUCUUCAGCGUUAUGGAUUGUGUUGAAUCACAAUUAUUUUUUACAGCAUUGAACCUGUGCUCGUUCCUUCCCUUAUAAUGUACACUUCAAAACCAUCACAUCAUCCACUUCACAUUCGUCUGUGAUUCAAAAAUAUUUUUUUUGUAUCUUCAGUACAUACAUUUCUGCUUUUGUAAAUGUUAGUGGUUGGGUAAAUAAUUGAUUCAGUAUCCAUUCUGAACAGUGCGUUUUAUUAAAGACAGAAAAAAGCUAUUUUGGCUAAACUUUUGGCUUUAAACCCCAUGAAGUAUUGUACUUUCUAUUCUCGUCCCCUGCUUAACUAUGGAAGCAAAUUCAUGCCAAAACAAAUACAAAUGUUGUUGCGAUAGACAAAUGUUGUUGCGAUAGACGUUAUUACGAAAUGCGAUGCACUAUGGUGAAAAACCCCCACUGGUAUCGAAAAAUAGUCACACAAAAAAUGUUUUUCUUUUGGCAUGAAUCCACUACUUAAGUGUGUGUAUUUAAUGACAAUCUCUAUCAGUCCCCCAUCUCAUUCUGUGUGUUCUGGUAAAGUUCUACAGCUGCCUUGGAAGUCCUCAAACACUCUCUCUCUCCCCCCCAUACUGACACUAUGUCCUGCCACUUCCUGUUCUGGGGAGUUUCUUUCAAAGCUGAUGGACUUUUUCUUCAUAUUUCAAUAAAUAAUUAUAUGCCAACACCG